CACUGGCCCCGAGCAGCACAUCCUCUAAGUUGCGAAGUUCAGGCUCUAACAUCCAAAUCGCAUCGGUAUAGAUGUACUUACUGCUCUGCCUCGGCUUCAGUAUGGCGAGGCCCGGGUCCAGGCCUACUCCGCCCUCGGACUGUAGCUGUCGAACUGAUAACAAGACAUUCGUCAGGUAAGCAUACCAAAGGCUGCACGACACCGAAAACCGACGAAGAUACCCUUUCACGACUGAGACACUGCGCUGAGCGAUCAGCCUGGCGACCAAACGUCGGCACAAAGGGAAGUACGUAAAAGGAAGGCGGGCCCUCCGUCCAUCAGCCACAUCCGUGGCCACGCCGCCACGGCUAAAUGAAAUAAACCGCGUAUACCUCAACGACGUUCGCCGCGCUGUGGCUUGCACACACUCUUUCUCUUGUUCGUCACUAUUCCGGCCACGGAAGCCAGGAGCUCCAGUGGCUUCACCACUUCAUAUUCAGUAUGCUCUCCACGUUCAGAUCUCGAUUCAGCUCGGAGCCACAGGCAUCAUCGCUCCCGGCAAUCCUCGCGUCGUGGCCGGCGGAGACAGCGCCACCGCGCUUCCUAGGCAAGCCCAAGAAAGACCUCCCGGUCGACGCCUGGCUCGCCAAAGUGGCGGAGGCGUGCGUUGCGAGGGGUAUUCCGCAGAAACUAUGGCACGAAGUCGCCCGGCACUUCAUGAGCGAGGAUGCACGCAAAAGACUCGAAGACGUCGAGCAGGUCAUGCAAUGCGCGUUUGGCCACUCGUGGGGCUGGAAGUGGUCCAGCUUCGGUGUUGCUUUGAAGAACAUCGCGGGGAACGUUGAUCGCAAGAAGACGGAGGCUGUCAAGGUGCAGCGCAAGUCGACGGGAUCGUGGUGGAUCAUUGGCCACGGCGGCGACAAGGGCAACAAAGUCAAGACCAAAGAGCCCGUUCCCGCGCUCGGCUUCAUGGCGAAGAUCGCGCAGAAAUCCGGAAUCCAAACCGGCAAUGCCAAAGCCGCCUCUUCGACGUCCAAGCCCAAGGAGCAGACCCAGAAGCAGACCGGCUCCAAGCUGCUGAAGACCCAGCCCGCCCCGGCGCCGCCGCCCAAGGCCGCAGCGCCCUCCGGGUCUCUCGUCACGCGCGUGGCCACAACUUUGCGUCUCGUGGACCCGCCGCCUCCGCCGCCCACUACGCUCAUAGCGCAGGUACCGAUGUGGUUGCUUGCCGCGUCGGAGGCGGUCAUCGCGCUGACGCCGGAUACCACGAGCACCAUGUCCAUUCUGGCGGCGGUCUUGAUCACGGUGGGCUCCAUACCGGCGCUGCCUUCUGUAGCCGCUGGGACCACGGCUACUGCCCUUGGGACGGUUGCGGUGGGGCUGGGGACGCUGUUGAGGGAGAGGGCCAUCGCUUCGUCCGACAACAGGCGUAGUAUCGUGACUGCUGUGCGGUCGAGGAAUUGUCAGGUGGAUUGGGAUGAAAGUUAUAACUGGAAGAGGCGCGCUGGGCGCGCAUAUGACAUUGUGUAUGUAUCGUCUGCGUCAUGGUUUGGUCUAAUGUAAUAUCUUGGUUGGCUAGAGCGUCGCUAGACUUGCCGUGGUUUCAUCGGCAGCAUCUGGAGCGAGUGUUGAGACAAGCAGUGUGGCCGUGGGCGCGCUCGUCGUAGGUUCUGGCAUCCAUCGCCCG